AUGCUGCGUAACCUUGCAGAGCCACAACGGGUACGACUCCUGGAGCAGUUCAACUCCUCCUGGAGCACCGGGGUCCUGCCUGAGAGCUGGCUGAUGGCUGUGGUGGUGCCUUUGCUCAAGCGACGGAACCCUGCGACUUCGCUCACCUCCUACAGGCCAGUCUCCCUUACCUCUGCCGCAUGCAAGCUGAUGGAGAAGAUGGCCCUAUCACGGCUCGAAUGGAUAGCUGCCGAGCUGAAGUACUUUGCAGAACAGCAAUCUGGCUUCAGGCAAAAGCGCUCAACGGCGGACUCCAUCGCAGAUGUGGUGGCCACCCUGGAGGAUGCCAGGGGCAGUGGGGACGUCGCCAUGCUGCUGCUCCUGGACGUCCAGAGUGCCUUUGACCGGCUGCCGCACGAGGUGAUCGAGGCUGCACUGGACUGCUUAGGCGUCACCGGAUGUCUCCGGGACUUCAUCUCUGCCUUCCUGGUGGGCCGGAGUUUUCGUGUACGGGUAGGCAAGGUGCUCAGCGAUCCCAGAGACAUCACCUUCAAUGAUGUGGCGCUGUGGAUACGAGGACCCAGGAGAAGCAUCGCUGCCAUCCGGGGCUCUCUACAGAGCCCCGGAUGGCAGCGUCUCUACAUCUCCUUCCUCGGUGGCAUUGGCCUCUCCGUGUGCCCGGCAAAGACAGAGGCACUACUUGUACACCCGCUAGCCUCCGCACGCCUCUACGUGAAACAGCUGCUCAUUGCAAACACCACCGUCCCAUGGAAGCGGGAGGUCACGUAUUUAGGCCUAAGCAUUGAUCAUCGGCUCUCCUGGAUUCCUGCUGGCAAGGCUGUCACCUCCAAAGUGCGAAGAGUCCAGGGGGCAGUGAACAAGAUACAGCAGCGUGGUUGGGGCUGCACCGUCAAGUGGGCGCUGCGGAUGAACCAAGCGGCGGCCACAUCCAUCCUGCUAUAUGCCCUGCCGCUGGUUCUACUAUCUCCAGCCAGGAAGGAACAACUCGAGAGACUGCACAGGAGUGCAGUAAGGAGCAUCCUCGGUCUCCCCAAGCACUCUCUAAUUGCUGCCACACUGGCUGAGGCUGGCGAAUGGCCACUGUCGCUGCACAUGCUCCAACGUGCCCUUGGGCACAUUGACCGUCUGCACCGUGCUCCAGAUGGUGGGGCUCUGCUCUGCCGACUGUGGAACCAGCCGCUAUCUCCUCCAGAGGUGCACCUAUCCCUGAAUGGAGCAUCAAAGCGCCGGACGCCAGCAGCAGCACUACAACAGGCAGCUACUGGCAAACUCCUGGAAGAGCUGGACGGCAGGCUGCUCGUGUACACGGAUGGCUCUGUGCUCUCCAAUGGCUCCGCAGCGGCGGCAUGUACCAUCCCAUCAGAGGGCAGGAGCAGGCAGUGCCGACUUCCUUUUCGCGCGAGCUCAACAGCAGCUGAGCUGGCGGGACUCCACCUGGCUGCAGACCUCCUGGCUGAGGACGCCCCGACAAAACCAGUGGCGGUGCUAAGUGACUCGCGACCGGCUCUCCAGGCACUCUCCGAUCACCAUCGACACGGAGCCACUGAGACCCUCCUCAGAGCAAAAAUCUAG